AUGGUCGAAGGACUGGCUGUUAUGAUUCUUCUUAGUACAGUGUCUCUGAUUCAGAGUCAAGAAGUUCCUCAGCAAAUCUCUUUGAUUGUGGCUGAACUUGGGGAUAACUUGACUCUGACAUGUUCAGUCUCUGGGGAGAAACCCAGGUUAUUGUACUGGUAUAAGCUGAGUUUCGGAAAUAUGUUCCAAAGGGUUGCUGUAGGGCAUAUGGACUUCCCAGCACUUGAAGAUCAAUUCGACAGCUCAAGAUCCAGUAUCACAAAAGUGGGUGAUACAUUUUCUCUCACCAUAAGAAAUAUAAGCAAAGAAGAUGAGGGAACUUAUCUCUGUCAAGGAGGAUCUUCAUACACAAUGGCAUAUUUCAAUGGCACACUUCUGGCUGUGAAUGAUCCUGAACAUCAGCAGAAAUCUGUCUCCGUGAAACAAAGUCCAGAUGUGGAGUCGGUCCAGCUGGGAAACUCUAUGACUCUGAGGUGUUCACUUCUCUACAAGAACAAAGAAAACACAGGUCGGUGUCCAGGAGAACACCGUGUGCACUGGUUCAGAGCUGGAUCAGAAUCCGAUCCAGGCGUCAUUUACACUGAUAGCACCUGCAGUGAUGAACCGGAGGAAAGGAGCUGCAUCUACCGUCUGUCCAAAACCAUAAGAGAGUCCUCUGAUGCUGGAACUUAUUACUGUGCUGUGGCCACGUGUGGACAGAUCCUGUUUGGUCAAGGAACUAAAGUCGAGACAAGACAAGGAUGGGACCCAACUAUCAUCGUGCUUGGAAUACUGUUGGCUCUCUGCAUGGUGGUGAUUUCAGUCCUUAUUUUCUCAAGAGACUGAAGCUCUCCCUGUUCCUCCUGUUCCUCUGACUGAAGUGAAAGAAGAAGAAGCCUGAUUCACAAAGAAAGCUGAAAACCGCCAUUGUGAUGUCCAAUAUCUCUGACUGGAGUUUCAUGUUUAGCAAUGACAAUGCUGAUUUUGGUCUGCUCACAUUUGUGUCAUAUUGUUGGUGUAUUACUUAGCUCAACACUGUCAAGAUGUUCAGCUCUUUGUUAUAAGCAAUAAAGCCAUCUCAACAUGUAUUGUUGUGAAUUUUUGAAGAAAACUGUCCAUUGCUUUCAAAUAAGGUUGGAAUUAUUAUGGCUUUUUGAAGCUAUGUGGGGAUGUCUUUGUGCGUCGUCACAGAGAAAUGCGUGAAGGAUAACUGUAGCUUGCUGAGACUCCCAAAUGCUUAUUUGUAUUAGAAAAAUAAAAUCUCUGUCCACACGAAAUAAGACCGUGU